AGGACAUACUCAUUAAGAAUGAGGAUUUAAUGCAAUGGAGUUUUACAAAGCUGUUUGUGCCAAAUAUAAGGUAAAAAUCAAUUCUCAUGUUGUAGAAGUUUUACAGCGGACAACUGCGACCGAGAAUGUCACAUUAACAAUAACAGGAAACCAUCGACUGAGACCCGUUCAGAGACUCGACGACGAUGACAUUCGCAUGCUCGUUCAGUGUCUGCAAAUCAAACAGGGUUUGACGGGCCUUGAUCUGAAGUUCAACAACAUCACAGAUGAAGGUGUCAUAUACCUUGCUGAACUCUUACAGAAGGAGAAUUCAUCUCUGAGCUGUCUGGACCUCAUGUUUAAUGACAUCCUGACAGAUGGAGCGAAAAUCCUGUGCAGCAGUCUGCAGGGUAACCGCACCUUGCUCUCUUUAAGGCUCUCGGGUAAUAAGAUCGGGAACAAAGGAGGGAUGCACCUGGCCAAGAUGCUGCAGGAGAACGACACCCUGCAGGAGCUGGAGCUGGCUGACUGUGAUCUGGGCAUUCAGAGUAUCAUAGCGCUCAUCAUCUCUAUGAAAAGCCACAAGGCCCUACGCCGUGUUGACCUCAGCCGACCUCUGCUCUUCAGCCACCUGGAGGAGUGGGCUGUGCACUGCACAGACAUGCUGAUGGUGAACUGCAUCAUUGUGGAGCUCCACCUGGCGAAGAUGGGGAUGACAGACACUGGGAUGCAGAGGUUGGCCGAAGGCCUGAGGCUCAACCGCAGCCUGCGCUACCUGGAUUUGCGCUGUAACCGCGUGACUCGUGACGGAAUCCGCUAUCUCGCUGAGGUGCUCAAGCAGAACCCGACACUUGAGAUCAUCGACCUGUCAUCCAACCGGAUAGAGGGUGAGGGCGCCAAGUAUCUGAGUGAAGCAAUCACCUGUCCCGGCUGCAGCGUGAAAGAGCUGUCUGUCACCAGGAACAACAUCAAGGCAGAGGGUCUGCUCGCUUUGACUCAGGCGAUGACGGCAAACAAAACUCUGACACACAUCUACGUGUGGGGGAACCACAAGGACGAGCCUGUCUGCAAGGCCUUCAGAGAUCUGCUGUCCAGCGGCCGCCUGCUGCCGCAGCAUACAGACGUCAGUGCGUACGAGGUCGAUGGUCACAUCUAUCUUGCUGAGGUCUUCAAUGCUUUAAGGAGACAUUACAGAACAGACAGUUCCGGUACAGACGACACCUACAACUCACUCCUAGGUGACCGACUAAAACCGACAGCAUCCACCUGAUCACCAGUCACACAAACUGAUUCACUGCAUCACGUACAAGUAAUAGAAGAAGAAAAAGGAGAAGUUAUGGACGAUUUAAGGUCCAGGGUGUAAAAUGAUGACAUCUAAUAAUAGCAUCUUGACGAUAGAGCGCAACAAACAGAGGACUCAUCAUUAGAUGUGAGGCUUUUACACUGGUGAGAGGAGUUGCACUCUUCAGUCUCUUCAUUAGAGUGCAUGAAUAGGAAACUUUCAUUUAUUCAUCUAUGAGCCUCAUUAAUAAAUAAAGAAAUAAAAAGUAAAAGUUCAAUUCAAUCCCUACAAUACCAGAUCCAUUGGUUACCUGUAUCAUUUUGAGACACAUCUACACCACGAUGUCUCCCAGCAUAGUAGCGCGCACACAC